AUGUCCCCAGGUUUACUCCUCAAUGAUCCUGUCGUCUCGAACGGCGCCAAGCCAAAGCUGAUAGAAGAUGGCUUCGGGACGCGCGCUAUACACGUAGGUUCAGAGCCUAAUGUCGAAACAGGCGCCGUUAUCCCGCCGAUAUCGUUGUCGACGACGUAUAAGCAAGAAGCUGUCGGCGUUCAUAAGGGCUAUGAAUACUCACGCUCCGCCAAUCCCAACCGGAACGCCCUCGAAGCCACCCUCGCUUCUCUUGAAUCAGGGGGUGCGCAUGCCCUUGCCUUCGCUUCCGGCUCAGCAACCACCGCCACGGUCCUCCAGUCUCUUGGUCCGAACGCACACAUCGUUAGCGUCAACGACGUUUACGGUGGCACGUUCAGGUACAUGACGAGAGUAGCGAAUGAGAACCAGGGCUUAGAAACGACCUUUGUGGAUUUGGAGCAUGCAGAUGAAGAAGCGAUCAGAGACGCUAUUCGGGAAAAUACCAAAUUGAUUUGGGUCGAAUCACCCACAAACCCGACCCUCCGCCUCAUCGAUAUCCCCCGCCUAGCCCAGAUCGCACGCAGCCACCCGUCCCAUCCCCUCCUCCUCGUCGACAACACCUUCCUCUCGCCCUUCUACGCCUCCCCCCUUCUCCUCGGGGCUGACAUCGUCUUGCACAGUAUCACCAAGUACAUCAAUGGCCACUCUGACGUCGUCAUGGGCGCCCUUAUCCUCCCUGCUUUAGAAACACCCGCCCUAACACGCGUCUACGAGAAACUGCGGUUCCUACAAAACGCUAUUGGAGCCGUGCCCAGCGCUUACGACUCGUGGCUCGCGCAGAGAGGUGCCAAGACGCUGCAUUUGCGGAUGAAGGCUCACGGGGAGAACGCUUUGUUGGUCGCUAGGGCGCUAAAGGCAAGCCCACACGUCGAAGAGGUCAUUUAUCCGGGAUUGGAAGGAGAUAAGCGGAACGAAUUGGCAUGGCGGAUGCUUUCUCCCCAUGCAAAGAACGGUAUGAUUUCGUUUAGGAUCAAAGGCGGGUUUGAGGCUGCGGAGACGUUCUUGACUUCGACGAGGCUUUUUACGUUGGCGGAGAGUUUGGGUGGGGUUGAGAGUUUGGCGGAGCAUCCGGCCAGGAUGACGCAUGGGAGUGUGCCCGAACGUGAGAGGGAGUUGUUGGGGAUUGGGGAGGGGUUGGUUAGGCUUAGUGUUGGUGUGGAGGAUGGGGAGGAUUUGGUUAGGGAUGUUUUGCAGGCGCUGGAGAAGGCGGGGGAGGUCCGGGCGAAGUGA